GUUGUUCGUAAAGUCGGUUGUGAUAUUUUGAAAAUGUUUAAACUGCGGACACAAUUCUAUAUUUUGAAUUAGCUGUCGCUGAAGUCGAAUCAAAUUGGCCAUGAUAUAUACAAUCUCUCGCUUUGUUGUUGAAAGAAAAAUGUUGUGAAAAUGCCGAAAAAUGGAAACAAAAUUGUGCCGAAUUUGUGGAAAGCUCGGACAAAACUUCAUACAUAUUUUCAAAACAGAAGGAUUGAGGAGCAAAAUCGAGACAUGUCUGCCUAUAAUUUGAACAGUAAGAAGGAGUAGUAGUCAAAAAUGGAUCAAAAGCAGAAUUCCAAACGCACUGCUGCCAGUGAGCCACAAAAUGUUCGCUAUGCCUCUAAUGCAGCUUCUAUAGUCCUUAUGGUUGGUCCCAAUUUUCGAGUUGGUAAAAAAAUUGGUUGUGGCAACUUUGGAGAGCUCCGUUUAGGGAAAAACCUUUACAACAAUGAACAUGUAGCUAUUAAAAUGGAGCCUAUGAGGUCUAAGGCUCCGCAAUUACAUUUGGAGUACAGAUUUUAUAAGUUACUUGGAUCUCACGAAGGUAUACCAAAUGUGUAUUACUUUGGACCAUGCAGUAAGUACAAUGCUUUGGUUAUGGAACUUUUGGGGCCUAGUCUUGAAGAUUUGUUUGACAUGUGUGAAAGAAAGUUUUCAUUAAAAACUGUACUAAUGAUAGCGAUCCAGUUGUUGCACCGUAUUGAGUAUGUCCACUCCAGACACUUAAUUUACAGAGAUGUAAAGCCUGAAAACUUUUUGAUAGGUCGUACUAGCACAAAAAGGGAGAAAAUUAUUCAUAUCAUAGAUUUUGGUCUAGCCAAAGAGUAUAUAGAGCCUGAAACAAAUAAGCACAUACCUUAUAGAGAGCACAAAUCCCUUACAGGCACUGCCAGAUAUAUGUCUAUAAAUACCCACUUAGGAAAAGAACAAUCUCGCAGAGAUGAUCUCGAAGCCUUAGGACAUAUGUUCAUGUACUUUUUAAGAGGUUCUUUGCCAUGGCAAGGUUUAAAGGCUGAUACUUUAAAAGAGAGAUAUCAAAAAAUAGGAGAUACCAAAAGAGCUACAUCUAUAGAAUCACUUUGUGAUGGUCACCCAGAAGAAUUUUCUAUUUACAUGAGAUACGUUAGAAGGUUAGAUUUUUUUGAAACCCCUGAUUAUGAAUACUUAAGAAAGUUGUUUACUACACUUUUUAACAAAAAGACAUAUGUGGAAGAUGGAGAGUUUGAUUGGACAGGAAAAACCAUGAACACAUCAGUAGGUUCUCUAUCUACUACUGCUCAUGACAAGGUGACAUCACCAAAGAAAGGUCUAACCAAAAACGCAAAAGCAAAUGCUGGCCAUGUAUCUCGUAAACAGCAGCACUUAGGCAAUUUGACUCCAGCUGAGCGCCAUGAUUCAGUUCAAGUUUUAAGUUCGACAAAUAACGAACUUAACAUUGAUGACGCUACUGCUCACAGCAGUGCACCAAUUGCUCAACCACAAGAAAUUGAAAUAUUUGAUGAGACUAAAUGUUGUUGCUUUUUUAAGAGAAAAAACAGAGGUGUAUCUAAACAGUGAAGUUUGUGGAAGUUAGACAAUUCUUUUUUGUUUUUAUUGUUAAAGUAGCCCAAAUUUUAGAUGCCAAUUGAAAGUUCUCUUUUUUGUUAAUUGUAAGGACAUUAGGAAGUUUUUAAAUUUGGUUUUAUCUUAGCAAAAUGUAUUGAAUAUCCAUCUUUUGAUACACUCAGGGUUCCCAUCAAGCUGUAAAUGUUUCAACCGAACCUUGAUAGAUACAAACAAGUAUCUAGUAAAAGGUAUCACAUCUUAAAAUAUAAAACUUUGAUUUUAUACAAAACCUUAAACCAAUAAUGAUGAAAAUUUGCUUUUGUCUAGACUGCGUUAUAUUAUAAUAAUUAUAUUUGUACAUACCACCAAAAUUUUAACACACCGAGAGUACCUGACACUGUUUUUUAAGUACUAGAUGUUUUCCACCAAUGCAAAUCAAGUAAUAAGUAGAUUAAUACUUAGUUAAUAGUAGAGUUGUUGAAAUCACAAAGUUAAAAAUUAAUAAUAUAAAUAAAACAUUGAAAACUAUAGUUUUCCAAACUUUCACAAUAUUUUUUAUUUACUGGUGACAGUUGUUGGUAUAAAAAGAUUACUUUUUCUAGUCAUCUUCUACUUUGGUAUAUUUUUUGCCAUUCCUGUUAACUAAAUAGAGAUUGAGAAUAACUAAAUAGAGAUUGAGAAAUAGAGACUUGGACUCUUUGCGCACAAGAUCGCCAAAAAAUUGAUGCCUUUGAGAGGCGGUGCUGGAGAAAAAUUCUGCACAUACCUUGGGCAGCUCAUAGGACAAACGUUUUCAUAAACCAACCCAAAUUAAAAAAAAACUGCUGUUCACAAAAUGUCUGCAACGAAUUCUGCAAUUCUUCGGUCAUGUGGUUCACAGAUAUGACGAUAGUUUGGAGAGAUUAAUUGUUUCUGAAAACGUUCUGGGGAGAAGAUCAAGAGGACGAUCACCAACCAGAUGGUCUGACCGAAUUACGAAUUCAGCUGGAAACUCAUUCUGUGAAGCUCUUAGAGCAGCUGAAGAUAGGGAUCAAUAAUUGUUAGGAAUAUUGGAAGAAAUUACGAUCCUCAAUAAUGGGGAAACGACAAGCGAUAGAGAGAGCUAACUAAAACAGGAAGCCAAAAUGUUUAUUUGUUUUAACAGUGAUAAAUAGUGACUUCAUACAUCUUUGACAUAUGCUUUUGUGUCUUUUCUAUUAGCUUUUUGUUAAAAUUUGUCUCCUCCUUACUGUCUUGGCCAUCUGCUAUAUUUUAGCAUUUGGUUUAUACAUUUUCUACAACUUUAUAAUUAUAAUUGAUUUGAAGAUCUAAUGCUUAUCUAGUUUUUCCAUUCUGUCAUUUGUUCUUGAAGUUCUACAAUAUUUUUGGUUAUUUGGGAAAUCUUACUUUUAUAUACAGCAAAAGUAGAUAAUGCUUCUAUAGCUUCUGGUACCCAUAAUAAUCAGUGGUGGAUCUAGAAAUUUUCUUGAGGUGGUAACUUCCAAUGAAACACCAACCAAACAUAAACCCAAACUACGUAAAAGACAAAAAUAAUAACUAUGCAUUAAAUUCCCUUAAUUUCCCUAGCUAGUGGGUUUAUUGGGUUGAAUUUGUCUGUCUGUGGUUUACAUUUCAUGCCAGCUAAUAUAUUUUCAUGUUUCAACAAUUUUUUUCUCUAAUUUUUGGACCUUGUUGGGGGUGGGGGGAUAUUCCCCAUUUUCCCUUCUCAUGUAUCCAGCACUGUACUAAAUAUUCUUUGUACAUUAUUAUAAUAUAUUUUUUCUUUAUUGAAUGGUAUAACAUUUUUCUACUUUGUUACUUAGUGAUGCAAUCUAACAUCUAUAAACAAUUUAAUAAUAUAUCUUUCUUUUGAGUCGUAUUUAACUUUUAUCCUUUCCUAUUGUUUUCUUUAUUAACUGUAGGUUAAUCAGAGACUGUAUUGAAGAAGAGUGCAGAAUCCUUUUUUUUUUUCUUCUAUAACCUUUAUUUUUUAUCAGUAUACAGUGAUCAGUGCACUAAGAGCCAGCAAAAUAAUGCAAAAGAUGGAUAACAUAAUUCCUUGUGGAAUAAAAAGAGUUGAAACUAAUAGAGGUGUGAAAUUAUCGAUACGAACCUAUAAAUUUACAUUGCAUUACAUAAUUUCCCACCUUUAGACAUCUUUGAUAGGAGAAUUUUAUAUGCCACAGUGUUAGUCGUCAUACUCCUCUGAUACAUCUAAAGAUGGGAAACUAUGUAGUGUAAUGUAAAUUUAUAUGUUUCUAUCGAUAAUUUCUACCUCUUCUAGUUUCAUCUCUUUUUAUUUCACAACGUAUCAAGUUUUCCAUCUUUUACGUUAUUUUGUUGCUUCUUAGCACACUCAUUACUGUAUUUAAACUAAAUUUUAUUAACCCAGUAGGUAUCUGUACAAAAAUAGCUUAGAUUGUAGUGAGUGAGACAUUAAAUUUUUAUAGAAAUGUCUGGUUAUUUAUAAUUAAAAUUUGAAUUUCCUUCAGCUGAAAAAGUUACAGAAAAUACAGCGGCGUAAAGAGUUACAUGGGAUACCUUAUUUCUGCUUUUGCAAUCCAUGUAUCUUUUGCAUUUUCUUGGGCAAUUCAUCUGUGCAGUAAGAGCCAUGCUAGUAGACACACAGGUAUCUAAUUUCUAGGCCUGGGCUAAUCUGGCCCGUUCUCACCUUUGACUUUUAUGUCUGUCCAUUUACUCCAUAAGAAUAUGUGUAUAUAAGUGAAGCGUGUCCGUGAAUGUGUUAAUAGUAUUGUUACUCUGCUUUUUAAAAACUGUAUUCAAACACCAAUAAUUACAAUUACAAUAACGAGCGAUCCACAAUUAUUGGGAUCAAAGCUAGCCAUGCAUAAAAUUACAUAUACCUCGUCCAAUUUACUUACCGUUGCACGUCAUCCGCGCCAUAGCCUGUGACACAAUACCAACACGAAAUAUUUAGGCGGUGGGUGUGUUCUUUUUUAGAAUCAAAAUGAUCCUAAAGGGGAACACACCUACCGCCUAGAUAUUUCGUGUUGGUAUCGUGUCACAGGCUAUGGCGCUGAUGACGUGCAACGGUAAGUAAAUUGGACGAGGUAUAUGUCUUGUUUUAAUUUGAAUUUAUAUCAUUGGUUUAUCAAUUAAUUUUGAUUAACAUUAUAAAACAUAAAAUAUCAGUCAAAACCUUUAACAUAGAACUUUAAUCAAAAAUAAAAAGAAUUAACAAAAUUAUAAGUAACAAUAAUAAAUAAAAUCAAACAAGAUGCUGUAUAUGUCCACCACCAACUAUCUCUACAUAACCUAACUUUUCUUGUUAAGUUGAUGUACACUGCAAAGUUGACGUAAACUGGAAAGUACAGUGGAACCUCGAUUAUCCGUCAGGGCACCGGACCAAGGGUAUAACGGAUAAUCGAAAAGACAGUUAACAGAACGUUAAAAAAAUUCAUAGUACAACUCUCAAAUUUUAUUUGUACUUACUUACUACUUACUUAAGCCGUCCUCUUGUACCUUAUGGUGUCGAGGUAUUUUAUUUGUAUGUUUUGUUUAAUAAUUAAUAUAAAAGGGAUUUGUGUUCGUCCAAUCCCAAUAAUUUGGUUUAGAAUAUUCUGAAAUCUUGUUUGUUUUACUGUUAAUUAAAAUUUUGCAACGAAGAAUUUCUUAAUCCACGUAAGAUCAUACAAUUUACUUUAUAGUCGAGAAUUCCACUCAAUAAAUUGUUGCAUAUGCGAUGCACCUUCUCUGGCUUCUUUACACAAAUCUUUGUUUGUGUAAAUGCAAUGGUAGCAUCACUGUACAUUUCAACGAAUUUCGUGGCUCAUCGCAAUGCUCAAAACUUCAAUGCUAACAAAAUGAAUAAUUGAUGAUAUACGGACCCUGGAGGUUAACAGAGGUGACGGUUAAUGGAGAGACGGAUAAUCGAGGUUCCAAUGUAUAUCUGAAUUAAGAAUCGACAUGCGCUCUAUAGUUAAGGCUCUGUCGUUAAGAGCCACCUAUGGUGACAAUAAUUCUGGAUCACACAUUACUUUACAACUUUAACACAAUGACAACUACAAACUUAUAUAAACUUCAAAAACUACUGUUCUAUAAACUGUCAAACUUUCUAUGUUUAUAUUGAUUUUUAUACAUUUUCUGACAUUCUAGACGUCACUAGACAUAAAAGUAAACAGUGCAACAAGUAAAGGGUCCAGCAUCCAGGACUGUAUUAGCUCAAUGUACACAUGUGUCUAAUAGAGUGGCGGUUACUGCAUAUAAUCAUAUAAUUGAUAUAACUUUAAUUCUUUUAUAUCAAAUUUUCAUAAAGUUCCCAAAGAGUUUGUCUGUUUCUCACAAUCAAUAAGACUUUCCCCAUGAAGUUUCAUUUCCAAUUGUGCAAGCAACUAUUGAUAGGAAGUUUAAUUUAAUUAAACUUAUAGGGGUCAGUAGCAUCUUCAUAUACUCACCUGAGAAACUGCAGACAUUAGGAUACAAUUAGCAUCUCUUUGUAAAGACAAUGAAGUUGACUUUACUAAGUAACAAGACAUUUACCCAACACACACACUACUGGCUGAAUGAUUAAUAUCUAUGCCAUUAAUAAAAAUCUCUAAAAAUUUUUCCAAUUUUCCAAAACCCUUUUAGCUGAAGCAUAUUCAAAUAUUCUAGAUAUAAACAAAUUUGCCAGACAUUUCUACAUAAAUCUUCUACACAUUUUAAAACUAUGAGCAUAAUUUAAAAAUGCAUAGCUAAGAUAUUUUUGUCAAAUUGAUGUUUAAGUAAUAUACAAUCGGAAAAAUGAAAGAAUACCCAUGAACGAUCACAUCAAUCACUUAUUUUGUAUUUGCUGUCUUUUUCUAUUACAAACGUUUGUUAUUUAUAGAAAAAGACAGCAAAUACAAAAUAAGUGAUUAAUGUGAUCGUUCAUGGGUAUUCUUUCAUUUUUCCGACUGUAAAAGCUAUACUAAAAGCUAAGUUUUUGUUUCUUUUUAGUAGAUGUAAUUGGUAUUUUUUCUUCAGCCUUCUUAUUUUUAUGCAUAUAUGUAACAAAUUAUUUAAAUUCUGAAUUAGGAGUUAUCAAACAGUUUUGGACAUUUUCAAAUAAGCAUUUGAUUUAAUUUCCAAUUGAAAAUUAUUUGAAAACGUAAAGCUAAUCUAAAACUUUUGCAUCGGAGACAUAUUACAGUAACUAUUGUUAUAUAAGUAAGUGGUUAACAUCCAGUAUACGGUAAAUAUAAAAAAAAUUAUCAAAUAUCUAUUUAAAUGUUGGACUCUUCUUUUAAUUUCUAAAUAUAUCCAUACAUCUUUAUUUUAUUUAUACUAAUGUUUACAUCAAGAUGUGACAAAAUUGAAGUUUUUUUUUCAAAGUAGCUAUUAUAUAACAAGCCUUGCACUUUUACAAGUACACAUGUGCCAAAGUCCAGCAACUGGUAACUAUUUAGCGUGAAUCCUUCUUUUCCAAAAUGUAGUAACUUUCGCUUCUCUAAGUAAAUCCACAUAACUAUAGUUUUCAUAAGAGUUGUUUUCAGUUUCUCUGGAGAAUUUCUAAACUCUUCCGUAAUUUGUUGGAACAAGUAAGUGAAUCUUUUUGUGUGUAAAUUUUUUGAGUGCCUAGCCUAAGCAUUUUGAAGAUGCUUAUUAUCGAUAUAAACAUAUAAAUUAACAUUACAUUACAUAGUUUCCCACCUUUAAAUGUCUGUGACAGGAGUAUUUUAUAAAAUUCUCUUGUCACAGUGACAGUUUUUAUACUCCUUCGACUUCGAUACAUCUAAAGGUGGAAAACUAGGUAAUGUAAUGUUAAUUUAUACGUUUAUAUCGAUAAUUUCCACCUCUACCAGUUUCAUCUCUUUUUACUUCACAAUGUAUUAUGUUUUCCAUCUUUUGUUGGUUAUUAGCACACUCAUCACUGUAUAUUAUUUGCUACUAAGCUGGCAAACAACAUACAAAAGCAAUAACACAUCUAUAACAUGAGAUAGUAUACCUUCUUUCUACAUUUAAUGCUCUUUAGCAGUUGUUUUCUGCUUGUAAAGGCACCCAUUAAAUCAAUUUUUUUUUCUAAUGCUUUUUAAUGUCACAUCUACUAGCCCAGUGAUCAUAAUAUUCCUCUUUAAACCCAGUGUUUGCCUUCAGAUUCCUUUCACUAUACUCAUCAUGGUUAUUGUGAUAUAAGGUGAUUUUAAGCUUUAUUACUUAAAAACAUUUCACAGAAAUGUUUUGUGGAUUUGUGCUUUGGAUAUGUGUCAAGCUAAUAAAAAAAUUUAGUUGUAUUGCAUUUUAUUGUUAUAAUUUAAGAUUGUGGUCUAUUUAUAAUUUUUUAAAUAUUCUUAAUAAAGAUCCAUUGCUGAUCUUUUAAAAUUUUAGCACACAUCACCAUCAUAGUUGUGUGGUAUAUUUUUAAUACUUUCAAAGGAGAAUCUACAUACAUAUUCAAAAAUUCAUAAAUUCAAUUUUAUUCUAUAAUAUAAAUUAAUGCCCAAAUUAUUAAUAAUAUUUAUAUUUGUUAAAUUUUUCAUGAAUUUGUAUAAAAAAUUAUGCCUUACGAUGUUUGUAUAAGAAUUUUAGACUGUUUUUGUCAUUUUGGUUAAGGAACAAUUGUCAGUUUUAUCGUGUAUGGUGCUUAAACCAAUAUUGUACAUUUUAGAUAAGUUUUAAACUUUUGUUAUUUGUAAAAAGACCUGUAUUUUUUCUGUGUUGUGUUACCAAUUUUCAAAAAGAAAGAUGUAAUCUAGAUUUUGUUAUAGCUGCUCUGUUCAUGCUAAUAUUUUGUUUGUUGUCUCAAUUUUUUUCAUCUAUGUACUGCCACGGAAACAAAAAUGUAUCUAUCUGCAUGGAAAGAGGAUAUUUGGUGGGAACCCUGUAUAAUGAAGGUGAGUUCAUGGAGAACACUGCAACUACUAUAUUUAACAUAAAAUCUAGAACAUGUGGGAUAGGCUUCGUUGUUUUUUGUAUUUUGAAAAAAUAAUAAUUUGAGAUAUGAUAAUAUAACAUGUUUAGUAAAUACUAUUAGUCCAGAAAGCCACUGCGCAUCCGCUAGGAAAAAUAUUCUAAUUCGGAUUUUUUGCACAAUCUUACUCAAAAAGGACUCCUUUUAACAAAUUUCCAUGUUGCCAGGACCAAAAGGUGGUAAAAAAUUUUUUAAACGUUUUUUUUUGUUUUUUUCCUAAAAUUAUUUUUUUUGCAUGGAAAAAAGUUUUUUUAGGUUUUUUGGAUCAUUCCAAACAGAAAAGGUCUUUAGUGACUUUUUUCUAAAAAUGAUAGUUUUUGACAUAUAAGCGAUUAAAAAUGGAAAAAUUGCGAAAUCGGCCAUUUUUAACCCUCAAAGACUAUGUGAAAAACUGAAAAUUUGAAUGUUGCCAAGGUAGGUAGAUAUUCUUUAAACAUCGAUUGAUGAAAUCCUGAAGAGUUUUUUGCAAUACAAUAUUCAAAACUCCUUUGUUUUUUAAUUGCGAAUCAAGCGUGCGCGACACUAUUUUCCACCGACAGUAUGGUGCAAAUGAAAGGAAUAAAUUCGAUAUUUCGAAAAUCGGCGACUUUAAGGAAAAAUCCCGAAACAGGUCGAUUUUUAUUUUUAAGUUAUGAUAUUGUGGCAUAUAUGGUAUACUAGUGACGUCAUCCGUCUGGGCGUGAUGACGUAAUCGAUGAUUUUUUUAAAUAAGAAUAGGGGUCGUGUGGUAGCUCGUUUGAAAGGUUCUUCAAUUCUCUAUCAAGUAAUGUAAACAUUUACAUAAUUUUUUAUACAGGGUGUCCUUCUACUUCUUUUUUUGUCAAACAAUUUAAUUUAAUAAAAAUUUUUUGGACACCCUGUAUAAAUAAUUAUGUAAAUGUUUAUAUUACGGAAUAGAGAAUUGAAAAACCUUUCAAAUGAGCUAGCACACGACCCCUAUUCUCAUUUAAAAAAUCAUCGAUUACGUCAUCACGUCCAGAUGGAUGACGUCACUAGUAUACCAUAUAUGCCACAAUAUCAUAACUUAAAAAUAAAAAUCGACCUGUUUCGGGAUUUUUCCUUAAGGUACUAGUACACUUUACAGGACCAAAAAUAAUAAUUUUUUUCAAGAAUUUUUUUCUCAGACACUUUAUUACACAUGAACAUAAAACUUUUUACAUAUUAAUCUCUAACUCUUAGAGAGUACAAAAAAAUGUAUCUUUUUUUAUUUAUGCACGUACACUAAUAUUGUAGAGGGCGCAAAAGUCGAGGCCUCGAAAAAUGAUGGCGGACAGUUAAUCUCAGGAGUGGGAUAUCCGAAACAAAAAAAUCGUACGGCAUUUGAAAAAGGAAGGUUUCUUACGUGACAAUUUACCACAAUUUAACCAAAAAAUAAAAGAUAAAUAUUUUUUAUCCGUGAAAAACUGAACAAAAUCGGGCGAUUUUUUCACAAAAAUUUUUCAAAUUUCCGUAAAAUCUUUAUUUUGAGGAAUUCUUCACUAACGGUGGUAAAUUGUCAUGUAAGAAUCCUUCCUUUUUCAAAUGCCGUACGAUUUUUUUCUUUCAGAGAUCCCAAUCCUGAGAUUAACUGUCCGUCAUCGAAGCUACUUUUUUUCGAGGCCUCGACUUUGGCGCCCUCUACAAUAUUAGUGUAAGCACACAAAUAAAAAAAGAUAUAUUUUUUUUAUUCUUUGCAAAAUAAAUAUUAAUAUGUAAAAAGUUUUAUGUUCAUUUUUAAUAAAGGUUCUGAGAAAAAAAAUCUUGAAAAAAUGCUUAUUUUUGGUCUUCUAAAGUGUACUAGUACCUUAAAGUCGCCGGUUUACGAAAUAACGAAUUUAUUCCUUUCAUUUGCACCAUACUGUCGGUGGAAAAUAGUGUCGUGCACGCUUGAUUAGCAAUUAAAAAACAAAGGAGGUUUAAAUAUUGUAUUGCAAAAAAACUCUUCGGGAUUUCAUCAAUCGAUGUUUAAAGAAUAUCUACCUACCUUGGCAACAUUCAAAUUUUCAACUUUUCACAUAGUUUUUGAGGGUUAAAAAUGGCCGAUUUCGCAAUUAUUCAAUUUUUAAUCGCUUAUAUGUCAAAAACUAUUAUUUUUAGAGAAAAGUCACUAAAGACCUUUUCUCUUUGGAAUGAUCCAUAAAACCUAAAAAAAACUUUUUUCCGUGCAAAAAAAAUAAUUUUAGGAAAAAACAAAAAAAAAACGUUUAAAAAAUUUUUGACCACUUUUUGGUCCUGGCAACAUGCAAAUUUGUUAAAAGGAGUCCUUUUUGAGUAAGAUUGUGCAAAAAAUCCGAAUUAGAAUAUUUUUCCUAGCGGAUGCGCAGUGGCUUUCUGGACUAUAUACAUACAUCUGUAAUGCUUUUUAAAUUUCUCAUCAUUUAUUCAAAGAAGUUGACGUGAACUAAUUAAAUGCAUUUGUUAUUCAUAGUCUUCAAGUAUAUAUUUAUCUCAAGUACAGAUUAUACUUAAGACAAAUCAUUGAGACAUUAGUACUUUUCGUGAUCGAAUGGAAUUGAGGAAUUCAAUGAUUCUUGGUUCUUUAGCAAAUCUGAAUCAUUACUUUUGUUAUGAAAUUAUGACAGGCCCAGAUACUUUUGCAAUAGAACUGGUAUACUAUUAGAAAUGGACUCCCAUCAGCUACCAAAUAUACAGGGUGUUUCAUUAAUAAUUGGAAAUAUUUUAACUGUAGAUUCUUGGGCUCAAAAUAUUAAGAUUUAACUCAAAUACCUUAAAUAAAAAGUGGCUCCUUACUGAGUUACAGGAUGUUUUAUUUAAAAAUAUAAAAACUAUUUGUACCCAGUACUUUAAAACCAUUUGACAUAUCCUUGUCAUACUUGGCAGCAAGUGUAGGUACUGCCAUAGCCACCUUUACUUAACAAGCCAUGAAGUUGAAAUUUGGCAACAUCUAUUGGUAGACCGAUUAAUUCUGACAGUUCUCCUUUGUUUUUAAAUAAUUUUCACCAUUUUCACUGUAUUUACAGAGAAACUGAAAUAGUUUACAAUAUUUCGUGCUCCAAAUUAUAAAGAACAUUAAAAGGUAUGUUAUUAAGAUGAUUUUAGUUCAAUAUAAUAUAUUUUUAUAUAAACUUGCGUGCAUAUAGAAAUCCGUCCACUUAAAAAUUUUGUCAUUUUUAAUGUCUUAUAUUUCCUAAACCUGUUGGCAGAUUUAAGUAAUUUUUUUAAUAUGUUAUAGCCUAAUUCUUUUACAAUACCGCUGUAAUAAUAUUGUUGCUAACCAGUUAAAUUUUUAUGGUGUACCGGGCAUUUAUAAAAUACUGAAAUUAAAACCCAACUAUAGACUCCGGUUUUCUUAACAUUCUGUUUUUUUUAUUAAUUCGCUUAUAUUUAACAACUAGAUUUGUUCUUUAUCAAUUCAGGGUGUUUCUAAAUAAGUGCGACAAACUUUAAGUGGAAAGGAACAAAAUGCAAAAUUUUGACGCCUGUAUUUUAAAUGUAAUCAUUUUUUUCGAAUCCUCAGAAAACUAAUAAGUAUUUUUGAAAAAUUUAAACGCAGAAUGAAAGAUUACUUUAUUACCGAGGGCUGAAAGUCCCUUAGAAUGAAUAAAAAGUUUUUUUAAUGACAUUUGAAACUAAAAAUUACACUAAAUUUUCUUAGUUUUUCACCCCUCUAACUUAUUAAAAUAAACAUAGAAGUUUUCAGGGACUUUCGGCCCUCGGUCCUAACGUAAUCUUUCAUUCUGCGUUUAAAUUUUUGAAAAAUACUUAUUAGUUUUCUUAGGAUUCGAAAAAAAUGGAUCCCGUUUAUAUUCUUGUUAUUGGUUUUUUUUUUUGUAUAAUAAACGUUACUUACAAGGAAUUACUUGUAAUAUUAUUUUGUACAAACUUCUAAUUAAUAAUAUUUUCUUGUUCGACUCAAAAAAUACUAUAAAUUUUACCAGAAUUUGUACUUUAAAAUCGUAGUUUCGAAAGCGGUAGUCCGAAAGUCAGACUACCGACGUCAUCAAUUGCGACGUUGCCUUUUUCUCUUCAUGGCUUGUAAAGUAAAGGUGGCUAUGGUACUGUACACCCUACUAAAUUAUGUUAAACAAACGUUUCUGGCUACUACCAGAGGCGUACGACGGAGAAAAGUGAAUGGUUGACCCUUCCCAAAUUCUACGCCACUCUUAGUAAUAUACUCUUCAUUCGUAACGAUAAAGUCAUUAGUUUUUCGAGAUAUUUGAAGUUAAAAAUGAAACAGCACAGUUAUUUUGAUUAAUGUAUUAUGUCCCGUUUUGAACUUAAAAUAUAUGAUUUUAUCGUUACGAAUGAAGAGUAUAUUAUUUGCAUAGAAAGUAUUGGAGAAUCUAAAAAUUAUGCUAAAAUAGCAGUUUUAGCAGGGUUAAAUCUUAAUAUUUUGAGCCCAAGAAUCUACAGUUAAAAUAUUUACAAUUAUUAAUAAAAUACCCUGUACAUAACAUUUUAUUUUAGUAGAGCGUUGUAUUAUUUACUGAACAUGUCAUCUUACUAAUUAGAAAGAAACAGCGCACUCUAUUUUGUUCUUAUUUUUAGAGUUUUGUAUCUUUCAGUUAGUAGUAACAUCUAGGUUUGAAUAUCUCGAAUUUUUAUUCUUUUCAAAGUUUCUUUUAAAUAUGUACAUAUAUAUUCGUGAGAUUAUGCCUGGAAGUAUCCCGCUAUGCAAUAUAUACAAAAUUAAGGAAAAAACUAUUAACUUGUGAUAUAUAUAUUAAUAGAAAUAAACUAAAUUAAUCGAA